AUGCUGAGUGGUUGCAGAGAGGCAGGGGGGUUACUCGGACUUUUUCUUUCCGGGGAAUUUAGUUAAAACGAACAUCUCUGAGGCUUGGAAAGUGGAGAAGAGAUAAGUGGGUGGUCACCCAAAGGAGCAGGCAGUGCUCGGGGAGUCUGCUUGAGCGGGCGUCAAUACGUUGCAGAGCAGUUUUCGACGGCUUGUGCGCCUGCCUGUCCCUUUAUCGCCGCCAGUUGCCUGCUGUGGCACCAGCUGAUGGCGCCAUCGUCUUCGCCCGGGCAGCAGCCCUCGGGGCGAGCAGGGUCUGACAGCAGCACACCUGACCUAGAGCGCGGAGCCUGAGCUGCGGCCGUGCCCCGGGAGGCACAGCCGAUGAUCUCUGCAUUUGUCCCCCAACCCAUUCCUGCCCUAGGAACGUUUGCAGUGCUCAGCCUCAUGACUGGCUCCGCCAUCGAGCGGCUGGUGCCCGAACCCCCGGGGGGGAACCUGAGCGGAAACGAGAGGGAGCAGUUGGACGCGCAGCGGGUUGGAGCGGCAGCGGCCUUGGCCUUCGGGAGUGGGGUGCUGAUGCUGGGGAUGUUCGUGCUGCAGCUUGGCGUCCUGUCCACAUUCUUGUCCGAGCCAGUGGUCAAGGCGCUGACCAGCGGGGCCGCGCUGCACGUGCUCGUGUCCCAGCUGCCGAGCCUUUUGGGGUUGCCACUUCCGCGCCAGAUCGGCUGCUUCACUCUCUUCAAGACGCUGGCCGUCGUGCUGACGGCGCUGCCCCAGAGCAGUCCCGCGGAACUGACCAUCUCGGCGCUCGGUCUGGCGCUGCUAGUGCCGGUAAAGGAAUUGAACGUGAGAUUCCGAGACAGGCUGCCCACCCCUAUCCCAGGGGAAGUCGUCAUGGUGAUCCUGGCCUCAGUGCUUUGCUUCACCUCUUCCCUGGACACAAGAUACAAUGUCCAGAUAGUGGGGGUGCUGCCUGGAGGAUUCCCUCAACCCCUCCUCCCCAGCCUGUCUGAGCUGCCCAGGAUCCUGGCCGACUCCCUGCCCAUUGCACUGGUGACUUUUGCUGUGUCAGCCUCUCUGGCCUCCAUCUAUGCAGACAAGUAUAGCUACACUAUUGACUCCAACCAGGAGCUCUUGGCACAUGGUGUCUCCAACCUCAUCUCCUCCCUCUUCUCUUGCUUUCCCAACUCGGCCACCUUAGCCACGACCAGCCUAUUAGUGGAUGCUGGUGGGAAUACACAGCUGGCAGGCCUCUUCUCCUGUGUAGUUGUCCUGUCAGUGCUGUUGUGGCUGGGGCCCUUCUUCUACUACCUGCCCAAGGCUGUCCUGGCCUGCAUCAAUAUCUCCAGCAUGCGCCAGAUGUUCUUCCAGAUGCAGGAGCUUCCACAACUAUGGCGUGUCAGCCGCAUGGACUUUGCUGUGUGGAUGGUCACGUGGGUGGCUGUAGUGACCCUGAGUGUGGACCUGGGCCUGGCUGUGGGUGUGGUCUUCUCCAUGAUGACUGUGGUCUGCCGCACCCAGAGGGUGCAGUGCUUGGCGCUUGGACUGGCUGAAGGGACGGAGCUCUACAGGCCACUCAGAGAGAGCCACAAGUUCCUCCAGGUCCCGGGGCUCUGCAUCCUGAGCUAUCCAACACCACUCUACUUUGGAACCCGUGGGCAGUUCCGCCGCAUCCUAGAGUGGCAUCUGGGACUUGGAGAGAGGGGCAAGGAGACUCCAAAGCCAGAUGGCCCACCUGAUGCAGUUGCUGAGCCCAUCAGAGUGGUAGUCCUUGACUGCAGUGGGGUCACCUUCGCAGAUGCUGCUGGAGCCAGAGAAGUGGUACAGCUGGCCAGCCGAUGCCGAGAUGCUGGAAUUCACCUUCUCCUGGCUCAGUGUAAUGCCUCGGUGAUGAGGACACUGACUUGGGCAGGACUCCUGGACACAGUGACCCCAGAACAGCUGUUUGUGAGUGUCCAGGAUGCAGCUGCUCAUGCCCUGGAGAGACUGGUGAGGGGCAAUGGCAGCAGGAGUGGCAGCUAGGAGGGGCUGGGCUAUAUCAAGUGAGGUGUGGGUCAUGGCUGAA